AUAACAGAAACCAAAAUAAAGAAGGGAAAUCAUUUUAAAGUAAUUGUUUGUUGUUGCUUUAAUGCAAUUUCUUGUUCUUGUUACGAAUUCAAAAGAAUAAAUAAAGAACAUAAAAUAAAUAAAACAGCAACAACGAUAACACAAAUAUAAAGAAAAUAAAACAGCAACAAGAAUAAUAAUUUAACGAUUAACGUAGCAGUAGACGUCGCAGCAUCCGCAAAAAUAUAAAUAUCAACACUCAGCCACACAAACAACAUUUCAAUUUUCUUUCAAUUUCGUCAAUAUGGUUGAUGCCAUGAAAAAUGGUGUUUCCGCCAUUGUUGAAUACGAUUACACAGCCAAGGAACCAGAUGAAUUGGAUCUGCUCAAAGGUGAUAUAAUACACAGUAUUAAACAGAUGCCAGGUGGUUGGUGGGAGGGCACGUUACAAACAAAUAGCAAAACGGGCAUAUUUCCAGAUAAUUUUGUUCGUGUCGUCGAUAUGAAUGAGGACAAUACAGUUGUAUUAAGAGACAAAUCGACGACGAGUAAUCGACGCUGUAAAGUUAUUUACAGUUAUACGCAAGUCAACGAUGACGAACUAUCGCUGGCCGUGGGUGAUGUCAUUGAAUUCCUAGGGGAGGUCGAAGAAGGCUGGUGGCGUGGACGUUUAAAAAAUAAAAUUGGUGUUUUUCCUUCAAAUUUUGUUAAACUUAUCGAAUCAUCGCCCGUAUUUGCCAGCAAACGGCCACCAUCCACAUCCACAUCAAAACAAACAACUAAAAGCGCUAAUAAUACAGUGACUAACGCCUCAUCGUCAACAGUAACUGCAUCAUCGUCGUCAUCAAUAGCCACAGCAGCCGCCGCCACAAAGAAAAUAAAUCGUCUUAGUUUUCAUAAUUCCAAAGAAGAUUUACUUGCUGCCAGCACUACUACGACCAACAAUUCAACAGUGGCAGCACCAAUAUCAUCAUCAUUGAUGCUGGGUGGUGGUGGCAGUGGCGAUGAUGCUGCACCCAGUUUACCACCGAAACCCCUACGAGAUUACUGUCGUGUUGAAUUUCCCUAUGCACCACAAAACGAUGAUGAACUUGAGCUGAAAGUAGGUGACAUUAUAACCAUACACAGUAUGGAUUUACCCGAUAAGGGUUGGUGGAAGGGUGAAUUGAGGGGCAAAAUUGGUGUGUUUCCCGAUAAUUUUGUUAAGCUUAUGGCUCCAUCAGAAGUUUCGCCAUUGAAUGAUCUGCAACAGCAACAAUCACAACCUCAACAAUCCCAUAGAACAACUGCCAAAUUAUCAAAUACAACCAAUACCACAACCACCAAUAAUUUAUCUACAACCGGUUCAACAUCGACCAAUGUCAAAUCGUUGAUUAAAAAAUCCGGUAGCUCUUCAUCCACCCAAAGUUCCAAUCGUAAAGAUAGUUUCGGUUCUCGGGAUUCUUUGAACGAUAUUCUAUCGGAGACUGGCUUGCCUACGGGCAAUGUAGCCGCCCAGCGUAAAUCUUUGGAAAAUAAAAAUCUAGAUCUAACAAAUGCCUCCGAUGUUGCAGCUCGUUUGGCCCUUAAGAAACAACAAUUGCAAAUGCAACAACAGCAACAGGAGAGUAAAACGAUUACAUCGUCGAUUAGUAGUAACAACAACAACACCACCACAUCAACUACCUCGACCUUAAUAACAGCCACUUCCUCCUCAUCCAGUGAGUUACGCAAAAGCAUGGAAAAUAUGGAUGAGAAAACGAAGACGACACCGCCACCAGUACUUAAUAAAAAGCCAACAGUGCCUGUUAAAAAAACCACCACAGUGACCAGCAUAACAGGCAACAUCUUAUCGGGGAUUAAACAAAAAGUCAAAAGUGUCGAAAGCAAAUUAACCACCGCAGCAUCACACGACUACGCCGAUGGUGUAGGCAGCAGUAAGUUAUCGCCCAGCUAUGCGAGCGAUUCGGGAAGUGGUACCGGAGGUGUGGUAAUGAGAAGGGCCGCCACCAUUGCCGUUGAAGAUACAGAUUUUGAUCGCGUUGAACGCGGUUCAAUAUUACCAGAUAUGCGCGCAGGACGCGUUAAAGCGCCAAAACGUAGACCACCUUCGGCGGCUAUAAAUGCAAUCGGUGAAAGUAAUAACAAUUCUCUGUAUGUCAAUGGCAAUGGCAAUGGCAGUGAUACGACUCAAAGUGGUGAUGAUCAAUUGAAAUCCGAUGAUAAUUCAACGGGUGAGGAGCAAUUAGCCAAACCAAAACCAAGAGAAUGGGAAAAGAAGAAGGCACCCUGGAUGGAAGAGUUGAAAGCAUCACAGGUUAAGAAGAAAACAUCACCCAGUGUGGGCGAUGGUGCUGGGGCGGCAGGCACAACAGCGAUGACCGACAGAAGUUCGAAAUUGUUUGCCGAGGAUGUAAAAAUCACAAAUAAUGCCAGCUCACAAGUGACCAGUUCAAUGCAAGCCACAAAUUCCACCACCUCCUCUUCCUCGACCAGCUCGACAAAAGUGCAAUCAUCGUCUGUUUCAUCCACCAGCAUUAUGCAACAAUCAAUGAUAGUGGAAAGUAGCAGUAGUACUAGUAACAGUAGCAGCAGUAGCAAUAAUACAACAGCUAAAACCCUAACAGAAGCCAUGACUAAAAGUUUAAGUGCUAAAAUUGCCAAUGAUGUGUUGGCGGCUUCGAAUAAUACCUCCCUUAAUAGCAACGCCUCUGGCCAUGUGGUGGACGAUGUCAGAGCUCGACCCAACAGUCUGUCGAUACGUAAUCGCAGUGCUUCUCCCUCAAUGAAUGCCACACGUAACAUACUAAAGUCAAGCACUACAGCGGCCAACACUUCUACCACCACCAAUUCUGCCUCACCAGCUGAAGGCUCCAGCAGUAAUACACACAAUAGCUCGAGUACUACACAAUCCACAGUUGCCAAAUCUACCAAUCUAAAUAGUUCUAGUAGCAAUCAUCUGCUUAAUAAUGGUGGCGCUGCUACCACAGGUGGGCCACCCAAAAUUGCUGAAUUGGAAUCGCGAGUGGACAAAUUGGAAUUAUUGGUCCAUGCUCAACAGCGUACAAUCGAUGAACUUGUACGCACUUUGCGGGAAGAAACGGAUCGCAACAAAGUCUUACGCGCUGAAUUGGAUAAAUAUGCACAGUGCGUUACGCAAGUUUAAAAAAAUAAUCAAAAACUAAAAACUGAGAAAAACAAAACACUUAAAUAUUUUUUUCUAUUUUUAUGUGCUUAGAAAAAUUAUGUUUAGUAUAAGUAUUUUAUUUGAUAGUUUUUAUUUUGAUUUCUUUUUUUAGCAUUUUAUAUUAUGUGUGUGUGCGUUAUUUUCUAAUUAUUUCCCAUGUAAAGUGAAAGCCAGCCAGUGUAGUUUUAACAUUUAUUCAUACCUAUUUACUACUACAUGAUGAUUACCCAAACAAAAAGUCUGUUUUAAAUAUAACCUUGUUGUGUUUUUAUUUUCCAUGUACUAUAUUGUUUAAAAAUAGGCUUCAUGAUUAUUACCGUGAGCGCGCCCACCCUCUUCUUUCCAAAACAAAAAAUGUGUAAAAACCUCUAACAUGUUUUAAGUAUUUUUUUUAUACAUAUACUAUUUAGUUUUUUUAUUUUUACAUAAAUUCAUACUAAUUAUUAGAAGUCAAUAUUACAAGAGGUUUUAUGGUGUAAAGUAGUUUGAUAAAUAUUUUUUUGAUUGAAUUCUUAGUUGUUAAUAUUUAAAGAGACUGAAGUAAUAGGUUUUUAACUCUGCAGUUAUUUAAAUGCAUUUUUUUUUUGGUUGUGGCCAGUAUUUUUAUGUCGCAUGUACUUUUUAUAUUUAUUUUAAAGAAUUUUUAACAUCUCUAAUAGGAUUUAUAAGAACGUCUUAGUACGUUUUAAAGACGAGAUCCUCGGCCAGUAUUUUUAUGACGCAUGCGUUUAAACAUCUGUUUUAAAAAAAUAGCUUCUGCAAGUUAUAAAUAUAUCUAAAUUUUUUCUGGAGAUUAAUUAUAUACUGAAUUCAGGGGUUCUUCCAAAAUUUAACUUAACUGAUAGUUUUUACUUUUAUCGACGUAAAUUCCAAGAAUUUAAUUUCUUAUUUUUAUGUUAGUUGUUGUUGUAAUAGGUCUGCUAUGUUCUUUCUGAUGAAAAAUAAUUCCGGUUGAUACAUUUUAUGCUGAAUUGACAAUCAUUGUUAUCAGAAAAAUGUAACACAGAAAGCGCUCUAUUUUUGUCUGACGUUGCACUAAAUAUUCAGGUAUGUGAUGGAAAUAGAUUUUGAAAACGAAAAUGGAUGUGAUGUAAUUAUUAGUUUCGGUUUGGGAAUUGUUUAAAAUUUAAUUUAAAAACUCAAUCAAUUUAAAUUUCGUUCAUUAUUUGUAAUUAGUUCAUUAUUAAGAAUAUUGUUGAAAUCUAAUAAUUCCUAUGGAUAGUCAUGAUUCGGCACUACGAAAUGUAGCCUUCUAUAAUGUUUUUUAUUAAGGGCCUGUUUCACAGGCAGUAAGUUAAUAUGAAAUUAAAAGCUAAAAAUCUUAAAUUGAAUCGAUCGAUUAAAUUGAUCAGCCUCGGUUUUCUGUUAAUUACACACUCAUGUAAAGCCUCACAAAACAGCAAUAGUGCUGCCAAAAUAUACUUUUUGUAGUCAGAAAUACAAAAUAAGAUAUCUAUAAAGUAAUCUGUUUGUAACUACAUAUUAUAUUUAUUCUAACAUUCCAUUUCAAACAAAAAUCAGAUCGGCUCAAAAACAGUUUUUAAAAUAUUCAGAAUUUUGAAAUACUUUUGAAAAUAAAUACUUUAUUUGUGCUCGUAAUUUCAACAAAUAGAUAUCUAUCAUCGCUUAGUUACUUAUGGAAUAUUAAUAUUGGGUAAUUUUUACCCGUAUAUAUUCAUUUUAAAUUAUGUUUAGGUAAACUUAUCUGCUGGGUAUUUUAAGACCGAUAUAUAUUUGUUGAAAUUAAUUCAUAUCAAUAUCUACGGGUGAUAGAAUACAUAUUGGUCAGAGGGCUAAUUCAUACAUUCGUAUUCGAGCAAAUACUUAUUCGAAAGUUAAUUUUUUUUGUGGGGUUUCCCUUAUUAUAAAUCCAAUAAAAUGUAUAUAAAAUUAUAAUGUAGGUAUUCGAUAAAUAGCGAGUUUUUACUGGAAAGCUAAGCCCCAAAAUAUUAUUCGAAUUCUUCGGAUUCAGCUAUGUUUCGUUGAACACAAACUACUUUUACACCAACAAAAACUUCUUGUCAACUUGAAUUCUUUACUUUUUGACGUUUAAAGUCUUUUAUAUAAUAUUAAAAACUAUACAUACUUCUCUAUUAUUUUAUUAUUUUAAUUUAAUAUUAAUUUAACACUAUUGUAAACAUAAAUACCAACCAUAACCAAUUUCCACAUACAUGCAAAUAUAAAAUAUACUUUAUUGUUUUUAGUUUUUAAUAUACAUAUUAGUUUUAUUGUGUAAUUUUUGUUGUUUUUAACUAAAAUAACAUGUUGUUCUUGUGCUUAAUGUAAUUUUACUUUAUUUUUUUUUAAUAUAAAUAUGAUUUUUAUUUGUUUAUUAUAAAUGUGUGUAAGUUAACUAAAGUUUGUUCUUCCCUCUAUGUUUAUUAUGUUGAUUACUUUGUUUGAUAAACACAACUACAAUAAUAAAUCAAAUAAAACAAAAUAAAAUAUAUUAAUUAUUGUUUGCAUGUCCCAAUAUAGGAUUUUUAAAAAAUCCCUUUAAAAGUACAUAAACAAAAUCUAGAUAAAAAAACAUUCCUUUUUUCAAAAAUUUUAUACAAUUAAUAAUAUCGUGCAUGACAUACAAAAAUAAAUAAUACAAUCAUGUUAAUAAUAUUAUAAAUAUAUAACUACAUACAUACACAAACAUAUAAAAAGAUACAUACUUACAUUCUAUAUAUACAUACUAUAUAUUUAAAUAAAGAAAAGAUAUAAAUCAUCAUAAAAUAUAUGAAAA